GACGGCAAGCCUCGCCUCGGAACUCAUCCACAAACUGUUCUAGUCUGUGAAAUCAUCUCAUCGGUGGAAGACGGAAACGUUGAAGAUAAUUACAACUAUUUUCAAACACAGGACCACACAGGUUUUUGCUCCCAGUUUUUGUCAGCAAUGGGCAACAGUCUAUCCAUUGUACAAGACCAUGGCUACACAUUAGUGAGUGAAGAAAAGAACAAGAUCCUGGUGAAAAAUGAAGGGGGUGACCUGUUUGUCGUUAAAAAGUUGAGCAAAAACCAGGAUGAAUUAAAAUUUCUCCUCCAGCUCACCCAUCCACAUAUCGUCCAUUAUGAGGAAAUCAUCACAGAUUCAGACUGUUUGUAUCUUCUGUUGGAGCACUGCGAAGGUGGAGAUCUUGCUCAGAAAAUUAAAAUAAAUGGAACAGAUACAUUUUCUGAGAAUGAGAUUCUGGAUUGUAUUGUGAUGAUCUGCAUGGCUUUGAAAUACCUGCAUGAUCAACAGAUCCUGCAUAAAAACGUGCAUCCUGAGAGCAUAUUCUUCACUUCAUUUGGCACCCUCCGUCUUGGCGAGUUUGGAGUAAUUGAUCAAGGGUCCCCUAAAGAGCCAACAUAUUCAUAUCUUGCACCUGAGAUUUGGAAUGGCAAACCUUAUGAGGAGAAAACUGACAUAUGGAUGUUGGGAUGUGUCAUCUAUGAGCUGUGCAUGCUGAAGUGUGCGUUUCCUGCAAUAUUCUCAGUUGAGACUAUUGCAAAAAUAAACAAAUCCUCCUAUGAAGCUCUGCCUCCCACCUUCUCUGAGGAUCUUCGUCAGCUGGUAAAAGACACACUUCAACCUGAUCCAGCAUGCCGUCCAUCUAUCAGUGAGAUCUUGACCAGACCUUUCAUCAUUAAUCACCUUCACGAAAAGACCUUGACAACUAUUGAUACUCUUAAUACAACACUUCAGGUCUUAAGAACCAUAGCUAAUGAUUUGGAAAGAGUCCAUUUCAAUACAACCGUAGGCAGUCUCACGGGAGGUGUAGUGGCACUGGCUGGAGGAAUUACAUCUGUGGCAGGACUUAUUCUCUCUCCGUUCACUCUUGGAGGGUCUCUGAUAUUAACAGGAGUGGGAAUCGGCACUUCAGUAGCUGGAGGAGUAACUGCUGGUACCUGCAACAUAACAAACAUGGUUAACCAGAGCACAAAACGGCAAAAUAUCAAAAUGCUCUUAAAAGAGUUUCAAGAAAAGAUGAACUCCAUAGUUUGCUGCAUCCAAAACAUCCAAAUAGCUGCGGAAACUUUAGAUAAACAGUUUUCCACAACCGAUGAUGGGUUUUCCAAUGCACAACCAGGGGCAAGUGCUGGAGCUCGACUUGGACGAGGACUUGGAGGAAUUCCAGAGAUUUUCCGAGCAAUUCAAGUUGCAAAGGCUGGAAGGGUGGCAGCUCAGGCCGCAAGAGCCGUUCGUGUGGCUGAAGCGGCUACAGGAGUUUUGGCUGCACUUUUUGUAGCUGUUGAUGUCUUCUUUGUGGUUCUCGACUCUAAAGAAAUCCACAACAUCCGCCAAGAUAAAGCUUCAAGAGCAAGUCGACAAGCAUCAGCAUCCACCAGCAACCAAAGCACAGAGUCACCUGACCAUACAUCAAACAACAGCAAUACAACAAAUUCACUGGCAGAAAAGCUGAAGUCUGAGACCAUGAAAUUUGUGACAAAAAUAAAGGAGACGACAGAUGAACUUCAGACAAUUCUGGAUGAACUACGAGAUGCAAUGCACCCAAACUCUCCAGUCAUAGACUGAUUAUAGUUGUAGCAAAGGUUAGGUGAUGAUUAAUGUAUAUUCUGGGUUUCCAUGAAAAAAAUACCAUAUCAAAUAUUUUAUUGCUAGUUUCAAUAUAGCUUAGAGAAACUUUGUGUAUGGAUAAGACAGUCAAAUUGUUUAGUCAUCUUGUCAAUAUAACACUUUACUCUGGAGGGAUGUUCUGAUGUAAACUAUGGCUAAAGUUUUGAUGACAAUUAUUGUAAAUUGUAGGUUACACCUUAGUGUAAGUUAUGUGGGAGUUUGAUUGCAAGAGACUGGACAAAAUUUACAUUUACGCUCUUACUGUUUGUACUGUAAUUCGUUGACAGACCAUCUCAGUUAAGGGUUUAAAUUUAUGCUUUUUUUAUCUGAUUCAUCGAUUAAUCAACAAAAGAAUAGUCAGAGCAAUCGUUAUUAAAAUAAUCGUUAGUUGCAGCCCUAAUGAUGUCACAGCAGUAGGCAGCGCAAAUAUAACGGCAU